AUGCUCACAGCGGCCCAGGAAAGCAUGGCCGUCAUCUUGGGAUCUGACACGGGUAACUCUGGCACUCCCGAGGAGUGUUUGAUCUUAAUCUCUCUCUCUCAGCUGGACUGUCUGGUGUUGCAGCUGCACCGUGUGGGAGAUCAGCUGGAGAAGAUGAACGCGCCGCUGAUGGACGAGCUGUUCAAUCUGCUGAGGGACGGCUUUCUCCUGCAGGAGGACCUGAGCUCCAUGGGUCGUCUGCUCCUGCUGGAGAUCCUGGAGUUUCGCGCGGGAGGCUGGACUCUCAGCGACACGGCGCAGAAAUACUACUACAGCGAAGUCACCGACUGACGCCUCCACCAGUCAGGACGGAGUAACGCAAGAGGAAAUAGCAUUCGCAAGGAACCAGGAGUGGAGGUUUUAUUUUCAUAAUGAGGGCUGGGUGACUCUACGUCUGAGGAGUGAAUGUUCGUUUUUAAAGUCAACAUGAAUUCAAAAUUUAUCUUAUUUACUUUUUUAACCUGUUAACUGUCACCCCCCCUUUUUUGA